AUGGCCCCGUCGUCCAAGAACACGCCGUCGCAAGCCCGCCCGCGUGAGAAGCGCUCGCGAUCGCGCGCCGCCAGUCCAGCCUCUGCCACGCCCGCUGCUGCCGCCGCCGCCCCUACAACCACGCCCUAUCUCCAUACUUCGCUGCUGCUGCUGUCUCCGCAUCUGACCAUCGACGCUCUCAUGGACAAGCACGCCACAAACUCGACCAGCCCUCCCUCGGCCUCCAGCCUGCACGCCCUCCACGACAGCAUCCACCACACUGUACUGCCCAACGUCCGCUCCCGGAGCGAUGCUUGCGACCGCAGCAUGCGCGAACUCUCGAGGAAACGGAAAUUCCGCGCCGAACAGGAGCUCGACCGCGAGCGCCGUGAAGACGACGCCGCCGCCCAACUUAAAAAGGCCCGCCUCGACAAGAAGACGGAUCCGCACCGCCCGCCUGCCGUUGGCGCUCGCGGCCUCGCUCGCCAGGACGGCCAAUCUUCCCCUCCGCCCGAAUCCCCUGUGGCCGAAGACGACCCAUCGUCACCUGUUCCCUCAGACGCCGAGCACCAACCGGCCCCCGCCCCUGCCAUUGCCCAUUACGAAUCGUUCGGCAAUGAUCCCAGCCAGUUCGAUGAUCCCACCAUAUACCAUAUUCGCGACUGGACCCCCGACAUGACCGACGAAGAGAAGAAACAAAUCUUCUGCGUUGCUCGCUUCCCCCACGAUGAUUUGCACGACCUGACACCUGGCACCCCACCAGACAUGGACUUUAGUAGCGCAAAACCUGCCAGUCAGAUCAACUUCUCUACCUUCCAAGCCUAUGUUGAGCCCUACAUUCGUCCUCUGACCGAAGAGGAUGUCGCCUUUUUGAAAGAACGUGGCGAUCGCGUCACACCAUAUCUCAUACCACCGCGGGGUCCCAUGCCGUACACCGAAGUCUGGGCCAAGGAAGACGGCGUGAGCCAUCACGACUUUAAUCUCCGUCUGCCGCCAAACGAGCCUCGAGGCAACAUCGAAGACAUGAGUGACGAUGUUGCCGAAACUGCCCAAGUUUCGGCAGGGCCCUUAAUAUCACGUCUCAUGAGCGGUUUCCGGCAUGAUCCGAAUCUCGUCAAAGAUGACCAGACGAAUGGCAAUGCUGAUGUAUCAAUGACCAACGGAGAGAGUACUGCAGGCGGUCCAGAAAGCGAACAAGCCACGAAUAACGAAGAACUGUCAGAUACGGUUGCAUCAUUCAAGCCUGCGACACAUUUUCCAGAUCAAUACAAGAUUCCGCCCAACGCAGGCCGAGAUUUCGCACCUUUGGAGCAGCGGACGCUACAAGAGCUGCGCUACUGUGGCUUUGUCACGCCCGAAGCAACCCCAGAUUAUGAUUCGCAGUACGAUGACGAAGUCGCUGCCCGUCUGCGUUAUCUUCAAUCAGAGCUUCAGCGGGUAUCACGAGAGAACACUGCUCGAAAGGCACGUGUGCUAGAGUUGACCGAGGAGCGUAUGGCCAUGCAGGAGUACUCUACUAUCGCCGAUGAUCUCGACUCCCAAAUCAACACAGCCUACUUGAAGCGAAAUCGUACCAUGAGUAAGCCUAAGAAGGGUACAGGCAAGGGAAGACCGGGUGGCACUGGUGUGGCCAUCAGCUGGAAUUUGGUCAGUGAAGGAGUCAAGAUGCUGAUGGAUAGAAGAAGAGAGUGGAGAGAGCUCAUUGGUCCAGUUGUCGAUUUUGGACAGCAACGGAUACCAAAGGAGACCGUCUUCGACAAGGAGAAUAUGGAAAGACUUGAAAAAGUCGAGGCCGAUGCUGGCGAGGAGGAAAUAGAAUAG